CGGGGCACUGCUGGAUAGACAGAGAGAGAGAGAGAGAUCAAUGUAAGGAGGAGACAGGAGGAGAAAUGAGAGAUAGCAGCGCUGCAGCAAUAUCAACCACCCUGCUUGUUUUUGCAACGGGUGUUUAUUCCACUUUCUCUGAGAGCCGGUUAUCUUCCAUCUGCGUGAGUCAAGGAAGUGAUUUAGGUGAGUGGAUCGGCACAGAGCGGCGGCAAAAAGCCACAGAUCUGCUUGCAUGCUGUGGACAGGCCAUCUUAUUUGAUGUUUAAAGAUCCAUGCCAGUCCACAGGGCAACCAGAGGAAACCUUCCCACAGACAACACAGGACCUGUUCUCCUCAGCAGGCAGUGAGAGACGCGAUCAUGAGAUUGAUGUGGAAGUCCGUGGACAAGAUGAGGUGCCUCAGGAAACGAUCCGUGUUCCCGUUCCUCGGCUUCCUCGUCACCUUUCUGCUCUUUUUCAACCUAUACAUGGAUGAUAGAUAUGUGCUGGAGGCUGAAAAAAGACAGCUGGGAGAGACACUGAUACACCCUGCAAACUCUGACAGAUACAUCCACACAUUCAGAGACUUGUCCAAUUUCUCUGGGACCAUUAAUGUGACAUAUCGCUAUCUCGCAGGAAUUCCUUUACCGCGCAAAAAGUAUCUUACCAUUGGUUUGUCAUCUGUCAAGAGAAAAAAGGGGAACUACCUCCUGGAGACGAUCAAAUCCAUCUUUGAUCAGUCCAGUUAUGAGGAACUGAAAGAGAUUGUGGUGGUGGUCCACCUGGCAGACUUUGACCUGGUCUGGUGUGAGAAUCUGGUGCAGGAAAUCACCAGGAAGUUUGCCCACCACAUUAUAGCUGGACGCCUCCUGGUGAUCCAGGCUCUGGAGGAGUACUAUCCGUCUCUGGAUGGGUUGAAGAGGAACUACAAUGACCCGGAGGACCGGGUUCGUUUCCGCUCUAAGCAGAACGUGGACUACGCUUUCCUCCUCAACUUCUGCACAAACCUCUCUCACUUCUACAUGAUGUUAGAGGACGACGUGCGCUGCUCCAGGAACUUCCUAACGGCUCUGAAGAAGGUGAUCACCUCCAGAGAAGGUUCCUACUGGGUGAUGCUGGAGUUCUCCAAGCUGGGCUACAUCGGGAAGCUAUACCACUCCAGAGACCUGCCCCGCCUGGCUCAUUUCUUGCUCAUGUUCUAUCAGGAGAUGCCCUGCGACUGGCUCCUCAUUCACUUCAGGGGUCUGCUGGCCCAGAAGGACGUGAUUCGCUUCAAGCCUUCGCUGUUCCAGCACAUGGGCUACUAUUCGUCUUACAAAGGAGCAGAGAACAAGCUGAAGGACGAUGACUUUGAGGAAGACUCCAUAGACAUUCCUGACAACCCUCCUGCCAGCCUUUACACCAACAUCAAUGUCUUUGAAAACUAUGAUGCCACCAAGGCGUACAGCAGUAUUGUUGAUGAGUAUUUCUGGGGGAAGCCUCCCUGCACUGGAGACUUCUUUGUCAUAAUCUUUAAUAAAUCAACCAAAAUCAGCAGAAUUAAAAUUGUUACGGGUACAGAGGAUCGACAAAAUGAUAUUCUUCACCACGGAGCCCUGGAAGUCGGACAGAAGGCUGUGGAAACUAAACAGGGAAGACACUGUACAUCCUACAUCACAUUAGGAGAGUUUAAAGGUGGAAACAUUGAGGUUUACAAUGUGGAUCACAAGAUCGGUUUUGACGUCGAGUGUGUACGAAUAGUGGUUACAGCCAGUCAGAAAGAAUGGCUCAUCAUAAGAACUAUCAGUUUAUGGACCACUCCCUCUGUAAGUCAGUUAAAGAAGUAACAGAAGAGGUUUUGAAAUUAUCAUCUGUAUGUACCGUACGUGUGUGAGUUUUGGGUGCAGUUGCUAUACUGUAAGUUCAUUUUGGACCACUACUGGAAGUAUAUGUCUAAGGGAUUCAAAACAAUCCAUAUUUUCUUGGGUUGUUGAGGGAUCUGCUGUACAGUAUGUUUUCAAUGUGAUGUAUUGAAAUGACCAGUCUGUACAGCAUGAAGCCUUUAUACUUAUGUUUGUUUGCAGAAAAUCUCUAUAUAAAAUUGUUCAAACUUGGCUGAUAUCUAUUUUUUCUUCUUUCCAAGCACUUAAAAAUGAUUUCCCCAGAACCAGAAGCUUAAAAAAAUGAACUUACCUCUUAUAAAUAUGUUAUUUUCUUAGUUCAGACAGAUAGAUUUAAAGCCUGGU